CAGACUGAACUGCGUUCCUAAAAUCUGAGCAAUUACCUCACUCCGGGGGUGGGCUCUGUCCACUCCCCUCCCCUCUAAGCCUCCCCACAGCACGGUUCAAAAUCUCCAUCACUUUGAAACGUCUCUACUCUGUAACUGGGAUCCCGGCCGUCUGCUGGCGUCCUAACCGCUGGGAGAUAUCAAAGGGCCAUGCCUCUCAGUGUCGUGCUGGAUGGGCCGCCCCCCUGGGGUUUUCGGCUGACGGGAGGAAAGGACUUCAGCCAGCCGUUGACCAUCUCCAGGGUCACUCCCGGCAGUAAGGCAUCCGGCGCCAACCUGUGUGCCGGGGACGUCAUCGUGGCCAUCGAUGGAGUCCCGGCGGCAGACAUGCUGCACAGCGAGGCCCAGAGCAAGAUCAAGGAAUGCUCCCAGCAGCUGUGCCUCACCGUGGAAAGGAACGAAUCAAGGCUGUGGUCCCCACGGGUUGUGGAGGAGGGACGAGCUCACCCGUUUAAAAUAAACCUGGAAGGAGAACAGCAGGAAUAUAAACCGAUCGGCACUGCUCACAACCGAAAGGCUCAGCCGUUUGUGGCAGCAGCGAACAUUGACGACAAGCGGCAGGUGGUCAGCACCUCCUACAACACUCCCAUAGGCCUGUACUCCUCAGGCAACAUCCAAGACGCCAUGGAGGGCCAGAUCCGAGGCCUGGUCCAUCAGAAGCCAGAGAGUCCCAGGACGCUGACCAGCAUUGAGGAAUCUGACGUGUACCGAAUGUUACAGAGAGACCAGGACGACCCCCAGGAGCCCCGGCAGUCCGGAGCCUUUAAGGCCCUGCAGGAGUUUAUUGACAGUGAUGGCACUCGACCCAUUGUGACUCGCACAGUGAAAGCCCCCACGACCAAACCCACUCCGCCCACAGGAAAUCUGCAGAAGCUGCCCGUCUGCGACAAGUGUGGGAAUGGGAUUGUUGGGACGGUGGUGAAAGCCCGAGACAAAUAUCGCCACCCCGGUUGCUUUGUGUGUACCGACUGUGACGUCAACCUGAAACAGAAAGGCUAUUUCUUCGUCGAAGGCCAGCUGUACUGUGAGAUCCACGCUCGAGCCAGAAUGAGACCGCCGGAGGGCCACGACCUCAUCACCACAUUUCCCUCUGCGUAGAUCCUUCCCCUAAUUAGCACAGGCAACAAACACUUCGGCAAAUCCUCUCAGGUCCUACAUCAGUUUCAUGUUUUCUUCUGCACUUUGUUGUUGUUGGUGCAAAAUAAUCAGAGCCGUGUGACGCUUCCCUAUGUAACAUUCUGACCAGUAAAUCACAUUUAGCAGCUGAUAGCGGCACUCUGUCGUCAUUUAAAUGGUGCAAUGGUAAUCGCUAUAAACAACCUUUUGUAUCUUCCAGAAAAGAGUUUGGGGAGAAGUUUUAUCCCAUAGCAUCCAUAAAAAUAUAUUUAAAAAAACAAAGCAAUGAAUAGUAUGUAUUAAAGCUGUCAUGCUGGCCUGACAGUAAAUGAAACAAAUGUAAAAAUCAUAUGUAAAGAGAUAGCUAAUUUCUAAUUUCUAGCUAAGGCCAAAUGUCCUGAAUAACUAAUGAUGAGCAAAUCCCCUUCAUUAAAGUUGUUGCAACUUA